AUGGAGCAUCUCAAACAAACCUUUGCCCAAUGUCAACAAGAAGGCCGUCCAGCGCUGGUCACGUAUGUGACGGCCGGAUUCCCCUCUGCGGAAACCCCGGACAUCAUGCUGGGCAUGCAAGCUGGAGGAGCCGAUAUUAUUGAACUGGGUCUCCCAUUCACCGAUCCUAUUGCAGAUGGUCCAACCAUCCAGAAAUCGAAUCUCAAGGCCCUCAAAAAUGGGGUCACCAUUACCUCCAUGUUGGAAAUGGUGCGGGAGGCCCGCCGGAAAGGGCUUCGGACCCCCGUCCUCUUCAUGGGCUACUACAACCCCCUCCUUCGCUACGGGGAGUCCCAGAUUCUGGCCGAUUGCAAGGAUGCGGGGGUCAGCGGCUUCAUUAUUGUUGAUUUGCCGCCGGAAGAGGCGAUUCGCUUCCGCAGUGAUUGCACUAAGAUGGGCCUCUCUUACGUCCCGUUGAUUGCUCCUUCGACUACAGAAGAGCGCAUGAAGGCUCUCUGCGGCAUGGCCGACUCUUUCAUUUAUCUCGUCUCACGCAUGGGGGUCACGGGCGCUACGGGGAUUCUCAACACAGAGCUUCCUGCCCUUAUUAAGCGUGUCAAGAGGCUCUCCGGCAAUAUCCCCGUGGCAGUUGGAUUUGGAAUCAGCACGCGUGAGCAUUUCCUGAGCGUGACUUCCACCGCCGACGCUGCUGUCAUUGGCAGUCAGGUGAUUAACAUCUUGGAUAACGCACCGGCCGGACAGGCGGCUCAGGCAGUUGAGGACUACUGUUCAAAAAUCACACAAAGGAAGGUCAGCCAGGAUGCAUUGACUAGUGCGACCCCCCGCGCAAUAGAAACGAAGGUGGUCGCCCAGACCGGUGACGCAGAGGCAGCGGUGACAUAUGGACCAGGAUGGUUCGGGCUUUUCGGUGGUCAAUAUGCCCCGGAGGCCCUGACGACGUGUCUCGCUGAACUCGAAGCUGGUUUCCAGGCGGCCCUCGAUGACCCGACUUUCUGGGAGGAAUAUCGAUCGUACUACCCUUACAUGGGCCGUCCAUCGAGCUUUCAUCAAGCGAAGCGCCUGACUGAUCACGUUGGCGGUGCAAACAUCUGGCUGAAACGGGAAGACCUCAACCAUACGGGAUCUCACAAGAUUAACAAUGCUCUGGGUCAGAUUCUGGUCGCUCGUCGGUUGGGUAAGACAGAGAUUAUUGCCGAGACGGGAGCCGGACAACAUGGUGUUGCGACUGCCACUGUGUGUGCUAAAUUUGGCAUGAAGUGUACCAUCUACAUGGGUGCAGAGGAUGUCUGUCGACAGGCCUUGAAUGUGUUCCGGAUCCGCUUGUUGGGCGCCUCUGUGGUCCCCGUCGAAUCGGGAUCGCGUACCCUCCGCGAUGCCGUAAAUGAAGCCUUCCGCGCGUGGAUUGUCCGUCUGGAUACCACGCACUAUAUUAUUGGAUCUGCUAUUGGGCCCCAUCCAUUUCCUACUAUGGUCAGGACGUUCCAGAAUGUUAUUGGGAACGAAACCAAGGCUCAGAUGCAUGAAUUGGGCAAGAGUCCGGACGCCGUUGUCGCCUGUGUUGGUGGAGGAUCUAAUUCCGUUGGCAUGUUCUACCCCUUCUCCAAGGACCUCUCUGUCCAGCUGGUUGGUGUGGAAGCAGCCGGAGAUGGGUUGGACACGGAAAGACACUCAGCUAGCUUGACUGGUGGUUCCGUAGGGGUGCUGCAUGGCGUUCGCACAUAUAUCCUGCAGGACCAGCACGGCCAGAUCUCCAACACUCAUUCCGUUUCUGCAGGACUAGAUUACCCCGGAGUUGGACCGGAACUGGCCCACUGGAAGGAAAGUAAGCGGGCGAUAUUCCUGUCAGUAACUGAUGCCCAGGCAUUCGAGGGAUUCCGCCUACUAAGCCAGUUGGAAGGCAUUAUUCCUGCCCUAGAAACAUCUCACGCUGUGUGGGGUGCAAUUCAGACAGCCAAAAAGCUGGGACCUGGCAAGGAUCUUGUCUUGUGUUUGAGUGGUCGCGGAGAUAAAGACGUGCAGAGUGUGGCCAAUGAAUUGCCCAAGCUCGGGCCUCAGAUUGGAUGGGACUUGCGGUUUUAA